AUGAAGAUCGCUUCAUUGUUGAGCCUCGCCGGCUUUACGGCGCUGGCUCAUGGCGCCAGACCGACACGAGACUACGCAGCAAACGAUUACUACGUUUUGCAUCUAGAUAGAUCAACGACCCCCGACCAAGUCGCCAGCAGACUCGGAUUUGCUCACGAGGGUCAGCUCGGUGCGCUCGACGACCAUCAUGUUUUCCGCGCCCCCAAGGUCGACCACGAUAUUGUUAAAAGACAAAUAACAGAGCGCAAGAGAAGGAAACGUGAUCUUGGUGGCUCUGAUCCGGUCGACGGCAUCCUUUUGUCCAAGAAGCAACAAGCACGGCAGCAUCUGUUCAAACGAGAGAUUCCUCCACCCCCGCGAGACUCGCUUUCACACCUAGCCGCCCUCCGAUCAACAAAAGAUGUUGCAGCUCGGGACCUGAUGAGCCAAUACCAAGCGACAAUCAUGAAGGAGCUCGAUAUUCAGGAUCCCAUUUUCAAGGAGCAGUGGCAUCUCUUGAACCCCACCCAAAUUGGCCACGAUGUCAAUGUGACAGGCCUUUGGCUGGACGGCAUCACAGGAAAGAACGUCACUGUGGCCGUGGUAGAUGAUGGUUUGGAUAUGAACAGCGAUGAUCUUAAGCCCAACUACUUCGCUGAAGGCUCAUGGGAUUUUAAUGACAACGAUCCCGUGCCUGCCCCCGUACUGGACGACGAUCGACACGGUACUCGCUGCGCUGGUGAAGUAGCAGCUGCCCGCAACGAUGUGUGCGGUGUCGGCGUUGCUUAUGAUUCCAAGGUCGCAGGACUCCGAAUUCUUAGUAAGCUAAUCAGUGAUGCUGAUGAGGCGGAGGCUCUGAUGUACAAGUACGACGACAACCAUAUUUACUCAUGCUCAUGGGGUCCUUCCGAUGAUGGCCAGACCAUGGAGGCACCUGAUGUGGUUAUUCGACGAGCUAUGCUCAAAGCGAUUCAAAAGGGACGAAGCGGUCUUGGCUCCAUCUAUGUCUUUGCCAGCGGCAACGGUGCUGGUGCGGGCGAUAACUGUAACUUUGAUGGAUACACCAACUCCAUUUACAGUAUCACAGUUGGAGCUGUCGAUAGGACUGGACUCCAUCCUUACUACUCGGAAGAGUGCUCCGCUCAACUGGUAGUUACUUAUAGUAGUGGAAGUGGUGAUGCUAUUCACACCACCGAUGUUGGAAAGAACAGCUGUUACAAGGCCCAUGGUGGCACAUCUGCUGCUGCGCCCCUUGCAGCUGGUAUCUUUGCCCUCGUUCUUCAGGUUCGUCCUGAUCUUACUUGGAGAGAUCUCCAGUACCUCGCUAUGGAUACCGCACUUCCCAUCGAGGGCGACGAGGACAAUCAACAGAACACAACGAUCGGCAAAAAGUUCAGUCACACCUUUGGGUAUGGCAAGAUUGAUUCUUGGGCUUUGGUCGAGAAGGCCAAGGAUUGGGAGCUGGUCAAGCCCCAGUCGUGGUUCUUUUCUCCCUGGAUUCACGUCAAGAAGUCGAUUCCUGAGGGUCGAGAUGGUUUGAGUGUGGCUUUUGAUGUGUCCAAGGAUCAACUCAAAGACUCUAAUCUGGCUCGCGUGGAGCACGUCACUGUCACUAUGAACGUUGAGCACACACGACGUGGAGAUAUCAGCGUUGAUCUUAUCAGCCCUGACAACGUCGUAAGCCAUCUUGCAGUUGCACGAAGGAGCGAUGCCAAGGAGGAAGGAUAUGUUGACUGGACCUUUAUGAGUGUUGCACACUGGGGAGAAACUGGUGUUGGAAAGUGGACAAUCAUUGUCCGAGACACUGAGAAGAACUCAUACAAGGGCAAGUUCACCGAUUGGCGUCUGAAGCUUUGGGGCGAAGCUAUCGAUGCGGACAAGGCAACACUCUUGCCUAUGCCUAACGCCAACGAUGAUGAAGACCACGAUAAGAUCGUUUCAACUACAACACUUCCCGCUUCCACAACCACAGUUCCUCCUGCAACCAAGCCUACUCUGAUUGACCAUCCUUCCGAUCACCCUGCGCGACCAACCAAGCCCGCUCGACCUAGCAAUACUGAGGAGGAGAAGCCUUCGAGCACGCAAGAAACUGUCCAGGAAACGACCCAAGCUUCAUCGUGGGUGUCAUGGCUCCCAACCUUCGGCGCUUCCAAGAAGGCUCAAGUCUGGAUCUACGGCGCAGUCGGUCUCAUCGGAGCCUUCUGCAUCGGCCUGGGUAUCUACUUCUGGAUCGCCCGUCGCCGUCGUCUCCGCAACACCUCCCACAACAACUACGAAUUCGAGCUCAUCGACGAGGAGGAGGCUGAGGGUCUCAGGGCAGGCGAAAAGGUAGCCGGCAACAAGCCUCGCAGGACUCGUGGUGGAGAGCUUUACGAUGCUUUUGCUGAGGGUAGCGAUGACGAGCAGCAGUUCGAGGGUUACAGAGACAACCGCGAGCGUUCAAGCGAACGGUUGGCAGGCGAUGAUACGCAACAUUAUGCUGUAGGAGACGACAGCGAUGAUAGUGAUGAUAGCGAUGAAAGCGACGAAAGCAGUGAUGCGAGGGGCGAGACAAGACCAUUGGGUGGUGGUCGUGGAGGCAGAGCUUAG